UACAGGGCAGAAGCCCCAGGAUUUGAGCUACAGUGUGCUCUGCCUCUUCAAUUCACAAGACCAGCUAGCAACUAUGGGAAACUGGCUGACUGGCUGGUCAUCUGAAGGGCCAUCUGGCUAUUCAUCUGGCUGGUCAUCUGGUGGAUCUUCGGGGGUGCCCUCUGGGCCAGCACACAAGCGAGAAGAGUCUAUCCAGGCAAACCGCCCACCCAGCGAAAAAUGUCUGAAGCAGACUGGGGUGUUCUCGGUGACACCCCAGAAGCUAGAAGAGUAUAUCCAGGCAUAUCUCAAACCCAAUGAAGAAUCUCUGAAGCAGAUAGACCAGGCCGUGGAUGCCAUCUCUGAACUGCUGCUUUGCAGUGAGAUCCCUGUGAUGAAAGUGGCUAAGGGUGGCUCCUAUGGCCGGGAAACAGUCCUAAGAGGCUGCUCCGAUGGUACCCUUGUUCUCUUCAUGGAUUGCUUCCAACAGUUUCAGGAUCAGAAGAAAUACCAAGUUGAACUCCUUGACACCAUUGAACAAUGGCUGAAAAGCUAUGAGAAAUACAAGAAGUCAGUAAACCGUGGACAUGCCCUUGUAGUACAAGUGUCUGUACCAGGGCAGAGUAUACUCUUGCAGUUACUGCCAGCCUUCAAUCCUCUGCGCUUCAGUGAGAAUCCAAGCUCCUGUGUCUAUCGGGAUCUCAAGCAAUCCAUGGAUCGAGUAGGGGCAUCACCAGGGGAGUUCUCAGGCUGCUUCACCACACUGCAGCAGCAGUUUUUCAAGAAAUAUCCCAGAAGACUGAAGGAUUUGAUCCUAUUGGUCAAGCACUGGUAUGAACAGUACCAGGAGAAGCUCCCACCUCAGCCAUUGCUAUACGCCCUGGAGCUGCUCACUGUGUACGCCUGGGAACAGGGCUGCCAAGCUGAAGAGUUCAACAUGGCACAAGGUAUCAGGGCCGUGCUACAACUCAUCAGUCAGCCGACAAAUCUGUGUGUCUACUGGACCGUCAAUUACAACUUUGAGGAUAAGACAGUCCAGAACAUCCUUCUGUACCAGCUAAACUCUCCAAGACCGGUCAUCUUGGAUCCAACUGACCCAACCAACAAUGUGGGAAAAGAUGUUAGGCUACUGACAGAAGAGGCUCUGACCUGGCUAAACUCUUCCAGCCUGAAUAAUGAGUUACCUGCACCAUAUUGGGAUGUUCUGCCCGUACCAUUUUUCAAUACUCCAAGCCAUUUACUGGACAAGUUCAUCGAUGACUUCCUCCAGCCCAACAAGGCCUUUCUAGGUCAGAUCAAAAGAGCCGUUGACAUGAUCUGCUCCUUCCUUAAAAAUAACUGCUUUCGGUAUUCUGACACCAAAGUCCUGAAGACCAUCAAGGGAGGAUCCACUGCCAAAGGCACAGCUCUGAAGCAGGGAUCAGACGCGGACAUCAUAGUCUUCCUCAGCUCACUGGAUAGUUAUAACUCUCUAAAAACCAAGCGCCACCUGUUCGUCCAGGAGAUCCGGGAGCAGUUAGAAGCCUGCAAGCAGAAACAUGAGUGGGAAGUGAACUUUGAGAUGUCGAAAUGGAAGACUCCCAGGGUGCUGAGUUUUACCUUGAAAUCCAAGACGCUCGAUGAAAGUGUUGAGUUCGAUGUCCUUCCCGCCUAUAAUGCACUAGGUCAACUGCAGUCUGACUCCACCCCCAGGCCCAAAGCCUACAAGGAGCUCAUUGAGCUGUAUGCAUCACAGGACAUCAAAGGAGGAGAGUUUUCAAUCUGUUUUACAGAACUACAGAGAAAUUUCAUUGAAACCCGAACCACCAAACUGAAGAGUCUGAUCCGCCUGAUCAAGCACUGGUACAAACAGUAUGAAAGGAAGAUGAAGCAGAAAGCAUCUUUGCCCCCAAAGUACGCCCUGGAGCUGCUCACCGUGUAUGCCUGGGAGCAGGGCAGUGGCACAGAUGACUUCGACACUGCUGAAGGCUUCCGGACCGUCCUGGACCUGGUUAUAAAAUACCGGCAGCUCUGCAUCUUCUGGACAAUCAACUACAAUUUCGAAGAGGAACACAUGCGGAAGUUCCUACUGACCCAGAUCCAGAAAAAGAGGCCUGUGAUCCUGGACCCAGCAGAACCCACAGGCGACGUGGGAGGAGGUGACCGCUGGUGUUGGCAUCUUCUAGCCGAAGAAGCAAAGGAGUGGCUGUCCUCCCCCUGUUUCCAAGUGGGAAAAAAAGGCCUGGUACAGCCGUGGAAAGUGCCAGUAGUGCAGACCCCAGGAAGCUGUGGAGUUCAGAUCUACCCCACUGUGCGUGGGGUUACUCAGUUGGAGUCCAUUCAACUCUGGAGUGAAAAUUCUGGAAGAAGCUUCUAGAGUCAUCUGGCAAAGACUCAGAGCAUGUUAUAAAUGGGAGUCUGGAUCCAGUCCUCUCCUGUUGGCUCCCACCUGUCUCUAUCCUGCUUGAAAUCAAGACAUGGGCUUCCCCCACCCUCACCCAGGGUCUCACAUCACGGGCCCUGCUCGGUGUGAGUGACCUCCUUCAGAGACACUUGCCUCAUGCAGCUCAGUGUGUUCUGGUUCUGUGCACUUUUUUCCUGCCUCCCGCUCUGCUAGUCUCCGGUCAGCAGCUCUAGACUCAUCCUGUGUCACCAGGGUUAAGCCCCUUCCUAGCCCUUCAUUUCCAUCAGUCCCAACUAGCCCACAGGGUCUUCUGUUGCAUCUUUGCCCAUCUCUUUCCCUGUCCCUGUGGAUACAGAGAUGUAUGUACCAUCCAGUAGCCAUCCAAGCCCCCCUCUCUCCACCUCUGCUGUUGAAACCCUUUCUCCUGAGGAAAUGUAAACAUCUACCCCUCUUAAGAUCCCAGGACAAACCAAGGUACAUUUCUACCUUCCCUGUGGAGCCAAAGAGUCGAUUGAGCUUACCUGCUCACAGGUGAGGGGUUACAGACAGGAGCAUGGUGGCCUUUGAAGCUACCGCACUACAAGGUCUGCACUCAGAUAGGAUGAUGGAUUCCCUGGGGCUGCAUAAAGGGAACCCCUCCCCUCAUCUUUCCUCCUGUAUCCUCUAGCUCCUCCCAGAGAUCACGUGCAAUCAGAGCAGAAUAGCAUACAGCUGGUUGGGACCAGUUGUUAAAUAACUCAGGCGAGGGUCCCAUAACCUUUCCAUACCCCACCUCUCUUCCAAGAGUGAAUAUCAACAGUCAGCUGUGAUGUUCAUUGCUGCUAAGCAGGCUCAGGUGGACUCCUGAAGAUGGUGGCAGUGUGGCUCAGUGAAUGACCCUGCAUAAUAUUUUACACACACCAAAUGGGGGUUGCUAUCUCUUGCCUUAGCCUUGCCAGCUUUCCAGGGGGCCUUCACCCCAGGGGGCCUUCACCCAAGGGGCCUUCCUUCACCCCAGGGGGCCUUCACCCCAGGGCUUUAAUGGCACGGAUACACAAAGCCUAAGCCCAUUGCACCCCACAACUAAGGUUGAGCCUUUUCUGCCUGUGCUUGCUCUGAUGCACUAGGACCAUGCCCAGCCCCCGUGCCACUUUUAAGCAAAGAACUGCAGCAUCCCAGGGAGUUGACUUCUGUGUAAACACCUUCAUCCAUUUCUGAUGUAUGCUUUGAGGAGGCUCAGGCUGGGCUAGCCCGGACAGAAAUCCUAGGCAGGUGAUUAGGGGGUCAGAACAUCAACCCUGGCCCUUCUGCAGGGAAGAGAUGGGACUGAAGGUGGGGUUCAAAUAUCAUGGCCAGUAAUGGAACCUGUCACCCCUCAGUGCUGAGACCCCACUAAAGUCUCUGGAUAAGGAAGCUCCAGGAACCUCUCUCUGUGCUUAUAAACACCCCAAUGUAUCAACCAGGUAGCCUCCGAUCCUCAUGGGGACAGACACUCGUGGGCUUGCACUCUGCUCUGCGCUGGGUUGUUCAUUUGUACGCUUCAUAAUAAAUGGUGGUCUUGGGCGAA